GAACAACGCUGGUUGAUAAACGUGAAAGGAGAACAUAACCCUGGUGGAUGCUGCAAAGCCGUUCGCUGUACAAAAAUCCCAAGCCAGUUCAGAUGUUGCUGUUUCAUCCUUUCGCAGGUCUAUGGAAAUGCAGGAUUUAGCCAGCCCGCAUAGCCGUCUGAGUGCUGGCAGUGAGUCUCCUAAUGGUCCAAAACUUGAUAAUUCUCACCUAAAUAAUAAUUCCAUGACACCCAAUGGCACAGAAGGUGACAUGACUCUGCUCAGCACUGCAGACUGGUUGUUAAAUGCUAAUACACAGACCACUGCAGGUUUGUCACUCCAUUGUCCUGUUAAAACAGAGCCAAUGAGCAGCAGUGAAAUUGCUACUACAACAGCAGACGGGUCUUUAGAGAGUUUCUCAGGAUCAGGAGUUGGAAGCAGUGGCUUCAGCCCAAGACAAACUCACCCAUUUUCCCCACCUCAGAUAUACCCUUCCAAACCAUACCCACAUAUUCUCCCUACUCCUUCUUCGCAAACCAUGGCUGCAUAUGGGCAGACACAGUUUACCACCGGAAUGCAACAAGCUACUGCUUAUUCAACGUACCCCCAGCCUGGUCAGCACUAUGGAAUCCCAUCAUAUGCUUUGCUAUCACUAACUGAUUUAGGUGCAUUGUGGGCAGGCAUCAAGACAGAAGGUGGAUUGUCACAAACACAGUCACCUGGUCAGACAGGCUUUCUGAGCUACAGUGCAAGCUUUAGCACUCCCCAGCCAGGACAGGCUCCAUACAGUUACCAGAUGCAAGGAAGCAGUUUCACAACAUCAUCUGGAAUAUAUGCUGGAAAUAAUUCACUUACAAAUUCUACUGGAUUCAAUGGUUCGCAGCAGGAAUAUCCAUCUUAUCCCAGCUUUGGCCAGAGUCAGUAUGCACAGUAUUAUAAUAGUUCUCCAUAUCCCUCACAUUAUAUGACGAGCAGCAACACCAGUCCAACAACUCCUUCCUCCAAUGCAACUUACCAACUUCAAGAACCACCAACUGGCAUCACAAAUCAAGCUAUUACAGAUCCUACAGCAGCAGAGUACAGUACAAUUUCUACAACACCUAUUAAAGAUUCAGAGGCAGAUAGGUUGCGUCGCAGCUCAGAUGGCAAAUCGCGUGGCCGAGGCAGAAGGAAUAACAAUCCUUCACCACCACCUGACUCUGACCUAGAGAGAGUAUUCAUUUGGGAUUUGGAUGAGACAAUCAUCAUUUUCCAUUCGCUUCUCACAGGAUCGUAUGCUAACAGAUAUGGGAGAGACCCCCCUACUUCUGUUUCACUGGGACUAAGGAUGGAGGAGAUGAUUUUCAACUUGGCAGACACACAUCUAUUCUUUAAUGAUUUAGAAGAAUGUGACCAAGUUCAUAUUGAUGAUGUUUCAUCAGAUGAUAAUGGCCAGGAUUUAAGCACCUAUAACUUCGGGACAGAUGGGUUCCCUGCAGCAGCUACCAGUGCUAACCUAUGCUUAGCAACGGGGGUGCGUGGAGGAGUGGACUGGAUGAGAAAGCUAGCUUUCCGAUACAGACGGGUAAAAGAAAUCUAUAACACCUACAAAAAUAAUGUUGGAGGUCUUCUGGGCCCAGCAAAGAGAGAAGCCUGGUUGCAGCUUAGAGCAGAAAUUGAAGCCCUUACAGAUUCGUGGUUAACACUUGCACUGAAAGCACUCACAUUAAUUCAUUCUAGGACAAAUUGUGUCAAUAUUUUAGUAACAACUACUCAGCUUAUCCCAGCUCUUGCCAAAGUCUUGCUAUAUGGUUUGGGUGUGGUAUUUCCAAUAGAAAAUAUUUACAGUGCAACAAAAAUAGGAAAAGAAAGCUGUUUUGAGCGCAUAAUUCAAAGAUUUGGAAGAAAAGUAGUUUAUGUUGUCAUAGGAGAUGGUGUGGAAGAAGAGCAAGGAGCAAAGAAGCAUGCCAUGCCAUUCUGGAGGAUCUCAAGCCACUCUGACCUUAUGGCGCUUCAUCAUGCCUUGGAACUGGAGUACUUAUAGUAGCACUUUGUAACCUCAGAACCUCCCUCACAUCCGUGGACGGUGUUCCUGAGUCUUGUUUCAGCACUGGCCUAUAGAAUUUUGUGAUUUCAUCAUGUUGAUGUACAGCUGCAACUGGUCUUAACCUUUGCCCUUUCAGUAAAUGGAGGAGCACAUCUUUUUCUUCAGAAACAGCUGUUCAUUCUAGUACUGUGAAUCCAAUGAGAACAAGCCAUGAUGAGAAUGUUUUAGCAAUGUCUUCUUACCACAUUCACUACAUUUAAACGUUCAUACCUGUGAAGAGACCGGGAAGUGCUUUGUGAUUUCUAGAAUCUCCAAUGUGGUAUGAACACAUCUUAAAUACAGCAAACCUGAUUGCACAACUAAGACUGAACUUUAAAAAAAAACAUG